CACGACACGACGUUCAUUUUUAACUUCGAUGCGAAGCGAACUAGUUAAUCUUUCUUGACCAUCUUCGACUUCGACCUUGAGGGAGCUUCGAUCGACUGAAUUGUCGCGUUUCUGAUUUUCUCUACUCUACAUUUUAACGAUGGAAGCUCCUGAACCAUUGAUUAAGGUUCUCGGAGAAAAAUUGAAAAGGGCUUCUCGACUAUGGCUUGAUGGUUUUCUUGAGGCCUGUUGUCUUCACCGUGUUGUGAUCCUCUGUCGCAGGUCGAAGAAGCUUUUGACCCGAACGGGCCAAUGCUUUCUAUUGAAUGGUUUCAUCUUCUUAGGAAGUUUAUUGAUCCUAAAUUCAGUCGUCAUCCCAACUCUACAAUGGAUAUUACCUGAUCAGCAUUCAAUGAUUAAUUCUCACCAGUUGGGUGUAUUUGGUGGUACCUUAAAAUUAUAUUCCUUCUUACGUCUUGGACUGAUACACCUGUUUUAUUUGUUCUGGUUUUAUCCAUUGUACAUUUUCAGCUUCAUUCUGAGCAAUAUCUGGUACAAUGAUAUUGCCAGACAUGGCUUUGCUGCAAUGGGACAAUCUGAGCCAAUCGUGGUGGACCCCGUAUCUUCCAAUACAGCUCAAACUGAAAGAUCAAUCGGAUUGGGGAAGGUCGUAAUAGGAAUAGGAGAGCAGCUAUAUUCUUUACUUCUGAUCAACUCCUUCUUCCUCGAGGUCUAUGCUACAGGGCUCUUGCCUUUCGUGGGAAAGGCACUCAAUUUUCUGCUUCUUUCUUGGAUGUAUGCCUACUAUUGUUUUGAGUACAAGUGGAACCUUUCAGAAGUGAGUCUUGAUAGAAGGCUGGACUAUUUCGAGUCCAACUGGGCCUUCUUUGCUGGUUUUGGUAGCCCUUGUGUUCUUGCUAUAUUUUUCUUCUCACCACUUGUGAGCUAUGGAGUAAUGGCUAUCCUAUUUCCACUGUUUGUUCUGACAGCCACGGGCUCAGUUGCGGAGAACGAUAUUUAUUCACAAAGAACAACUUGGAAAUGUGCAGGACUGGGGAGGCUUCCAAUUUUCUAUGCUGCUGAUACAUUGUCGAUGAAGCUGUUGACUCUCUUCCCUCGUGAAUCACAAGAAAAGACGCAGAAAAACAAGGAACUAUAGUGAGCCCAGGAGCCUCGGGGCCAAUGCAUAUACAUUUCAUAAACAAAUCCAUGUGGCUUAAGUCAGACGCCAUGAGUAAUUCUCCCUUAUCUGUACAUGAAGCAAUGCUAUAGGGGAAGAAAAGAUGAAUCAUAGCCGCAGCUCGGAAGAUUUGUUUGCUGUGUGAAAUAUCAAAUAGGUAACCAAUGAUCGGUACAUGGAAUUUAUUGGAUGAUAGAUAAGAAUGUGGCACGCUGAGUCAUGAUUUUGAUUUGAAAAUUUAUCCACUCUUGUGCUGUAACCUUGUGUAAGUUAUGUAUCCUAUACUAGAAAAUUUGUUCCAAAUCUUCUUUUCACUAUAAUGUGUAAAAUAUAUAAUUACUGCAACCCUUGAUAGAUUGAGUAUGCAAUCGUGCUCAAUUGAUUUUGAUUGCGAGUAUAAUUAGAAGAGAAGAAAGAGGAGUUGGGCAUGAA